UAUUGAUGCGCAUCUUCGUGUCACGGACAGCCACUCAACAACGAAGCUCCGAAAAUGCAAGAACAAUCUGGUGGAAACUUGUGCACUAGAUCUCGAAGGGACUCUGGCACUUGAACAGCAGCUCAGUCUUUUGACCAGGACCUUGAUCGCCGCUUAUCCAACCGAUGUAACCGAACCUCAGGAUAUCUCAUCCGCCUUUGGUUCCUCUGCCGCAUACGGUCAAAUACAAGAUCCGAUGUCAUGCACCUCUACAUACCUCAGCACCGUUGCAGAGACUAAAUGCCCUCUCUACAUCGCUACCAACUCCCUGAAUCCUGUAGCAGACCCAUCGUUUUCGAUUUAUCUUCAAACCUUCCCGUGUAUAUUCUUCCUUUCAGAUUCUACAUCUCGCCUGACUCCCCUCGACGAAUUGAUCAAUCCAUAUGACCAGGUCCCAUUAAAGGAGUUUUUGAUACUGGUGCUGGACACGAUGGUAUUGCUGAGGUUGUUAUCACGAAUGGAAGCACUUUUGGGCAUUUAUGAAGGACGUGCUGUGAAGGCGGUAUUGGGGAUUUGAGAUCGUGCAUAGGGGAUGAGUGCUGGAACGUACGUCGGACAAAACCGAUCGCUUUUUAUGUAGCAUUGUCUAGCCACGCGCUCCUUGAGAUGCACGUCUCAAAUAUACCCUACCCCAAUGUACUCACUCGAAACCAAAGUGACUGCAGAUAACUCCAUGUUUCCCGUUGUAUUAGAAAAGAGAAUUCAAGGAACAUGGUGCCAUCUGCAUAGUCUGACGCUACUGUUUCGAGACGACCGUAUUGUGUGUGG